AUGGCCGACGUGUCGGGCAAUGCGCGAAAGCGGGCUCAUCCCGAAGAGGAUGACAGCAACUCACAAAAGAGAUCCCGAUCCAACCAUGGGUCUCCCCUCCCAGCCCAAGGAGGCUCUGCCAGCGGCAAGGUAGACAUCGAAAAGAUGGUCGCCGCGGCGAGAGCAAAGGCUGAAGCCGUUCGCGCUCGUCUUCAAUCUGCCCGUGGCGGCGCGACACCACCCGUUCCCCCGACAGAGGCAAGCCCCAGCCCCACGCCACCAGCUCCCAGUCCUGCAAUGUCGAGAUUGGAACAGAUGAAGGCCAGAGUCGCAGCAGCAACGGGAAGAGCCAAUGCAGCGCCUCCACAACGACCACCUGCCCCGGCGUCCUCCUACCAAUCCCCGACCUUUGACGAUGAGGGGCUCAACAAGGCCCGCGGUGGUCUGGAUGUCGGUCUUCACCCAGCACUACUCGCUGAUACUACGCCUGAGAUCCGUGGCGGCAAGGGACGGCAACCAGGCAAAGGAAAUCGGCGUACCGAAUUACGCGACAACCGGGCGCGCCUCGAUCUAUCCGGUCCGUCGAUAGAAGAAAUCAGGAACAAUCCUUAUUUUGAUCCUAGCCUUGGACCCAAGGCUACGGUGGCCAAGCCGCGACACGCGAAGCAGCUUGUUUUCAAUCAAAAGGGCAAAUACAUACAGCAAGCUGCGGCUCUGCGCAGACAGGCGCAGUUAGAGGCCAUGAAGAAGCGGAUUGCAGAGAGAGCACGUCAGGCUGGGAUCGAUGAGGAUUUGGACAUCGAAAAAGCAUUUGUUGUGCCUGCUCCGCCCGCUCUGGAAUGGUGGGAUGAAGGUCUGGUCAACGGAGAUGAGUACGCUGCGAUAGACGACUCCCAAAACCUCAAGGUCAAUACUGCCGAUUCCAUCAUCACACGCUACAUUCAACACCCUGUCCUUAUUGAGCCACCGCAGGACAAACACGUGCCCGUGGCGAAACCCAUGUAUCUCACACCCAAGGAGCAGGCCAAGAUUCGUCGCCAGCGACGCAUGGCGGACCUAAAAGAACAGCAAGCGAAGAUCAGAUUGGGUCUUGAACCGGCCCCACCACCAAAGGUCAAGAAAUCCAACCUCAUGCGAGUUUUGGGUGAAGAGGCCGUCAAAGAUCCCACAGCCGUGGAGGCUCGUGUGAACAGGGAGAUCGCGGACCGCCGCGACAAGCACGAGCAGAUGAACGAGGAACGGAAAUUGAGCAAGGAAGAGCGGCACGAGAAACUCGCGGCUCAGCAGGAGAAGGAUGCCGCCCUGGGGAUUUACGUGUCUGUUUACCGCAUUGAUAAUCUUGCGAGCGGCCGAAAUCGCUUCAAGAUUAGCAGGAACGCCGAGCAGAAUGCUCUGACGGGAAUCUGUGUCAUGCAUCCCAAGUUCAACCUGCUGAUUGUCGAGGGCGGCAGGCACUCAAUCAAAAACUACCGCAAGCUGAUGCUGAACCGCAUCGACUGGACUGAAAACCCAGGUCCCGACGCCGUGAAAGAAGGAAACCGUGAAGCUCAGGCGGCAUGGCUAUCUACGGAAGAUGAGAAAGGCGAACUAAAAGAUUUCAGCCACAACAGCUGUACUCUUCUCUGGGAAGGGCAAGCCAAAGCCCGCGCCUUUAAAAGGUGGCUCGGUGCUAGGGUGUGUGAAACCGACUCGGCCGCGAAAGAAGCCCUAUCUCGAGCCAAAAUGGAGAACUUCUGGACAUUGGCCAAGAGUGCCAAACCAAGCGAGUUCUGA